UUGGAUCCUUCCGAAAACCCUAGCUCCGUUAAACCCUGAAUUGGCUGAAACGGAGUCGCCGAGGCACUUGGCAUUUGGCAACAAAAAAGUCAGGGAUGGUUUGGUUUCAAUGCGAGGAUUGUGGUGACAAUCUGAAGAAACCCAAGUUACCGAAUCAUUUCAGAACUUGUUCCGCUUCUAAGUUGUCAUGCAUCGAUUGUGGAGAAAUAUUUGGGCAAGACACCGUUCAGCAGCACACACAAUGUAUUACGGAAAUGGAAAAGUAUGGUCCAAAAGGCCAAGGCAAAACUUUGAAUGUUACAACUGCCAAACCUAACAAUAAUAACAAGCAAAAGCCUGAAGUUGAUAUUCAUGUUGGGUUAUCAGAAAGACCUCCGUGGUUUUGUAGCCUCUGCAACACAAGAGCUACGAGUAAGCAAACACUUCUUCUCCAUGCCGAUGGAAAGAAACACAGGGCAAAAGCUCGGGCAUUCCAUGCUGCAAAGCAACAACCAACUCAGAUGGACGCAUCUUCUCCGGAUGCAAAGCUUCCAGUGGAGCAAGCCUCCAAUGAUAAGGUCCAACUCAACAAUAAUGGACAGCAGACAAAAUUGCAAGAUCCAUCUGAACACAAUAACUUGAAAUCGGGGAAUGAAAUCUCUCAAUCAAAUAAAAAGAGGAAAUCUGAUGUGGCGGAGGAUGACCCUAACAGGAAAAAGGGCAGGGAUGACAAUUCAGGUGAGUUGGGAAAUGGGGAAGUAGUUCAGGCUGAAGGAGCAGAGGCUGGGAGAAAAGAAGAUCGUUUGAAGAAAGAAACGAUGGUUAAUGACAAGAAGAACAUAAAGUGGAAGAAGUUUAUCAAAUCAGCGUUGAAAUCUCAUCCUGAUGGAAAAUUGAAGAUGAAGAAGUUGAGAACACAUGUCUUGAAAGCCUUGCAGGAAUCUGGCGUUGAAGUUGAUGAAACUGAACUUAGUGAGGCACUUGAGCAUAAGAUCAAUUCGAGUUCCAGAUUUGCAGUUGAGAAGAAGUAUGUGCGGUUGGUGGCCAAGGAUGGUGACUAGUUGCAACCUUAUAAGCUGGAAUCCCUGGCUUUUAUUUGGUGAUAUUUUGCUAUUGUUUAGACGUUAAUUGAUAUCGUUUAGAAUUGAAAGGAGGCGGGUCCAUUUUUGCGUCUAAACCUACUGAGGAAGUGAAGGAGGACGAGGUUGUUUUAAUUUAUUUUUUAAGCCUCCCCCGUCUCCC